AUGAAAGCAGUAAAAGUGAAAAAGUUAUGCGAAAAUUCAACCCAAUCUACUUCAUCACUACCACCACCGCCACCGCCGCCACCACCUCCACCACCUUUACCACCUCCACUACCACCACCUGCACCACCUUUACGUGAAAGUUCUAUUUAUAGUAAUAGUAGUAUUGAUAUUGGUAAUAAUAGUAGUAUUGGAGCAGCAACAACAAUAACAACAACUACAACAACAAGUGAUGAUGGUUCAAUGACAAGUCAACAACAAAAUAUUGGUAAUAAUACAAUUAUAUAUUCAAGUGGUGGAAGUGGUAGUGGCAGUAUAACAAGUACAAAAAGAUCAAAACCUGGCAUACUUAGAUUAGAUAUAACAAAACCGAGACGUUCAUCAGGUGGUUCAGUUGAAUUUCGUUCACAACCAGAUGUUAUUGGUGAGAACAAUAAUAAUAACAAUAAUGAAAAUAAUUCAGACGAAGAAGGUGAAGAAGAUUAUUCAUUAUCAGUAAACGCCAUCAUGCAACGACGGGCAAGUAUUCGUGUCGGACGACGAAAAAGUCAUCGCGGUUCAAGACGAACAUCUAGUCCAAUGGAUCAUGUUUUUGAAACGGGCGGUCAUUUAGGAGAUAGAAGACGUUCAAGUGUAUAUACAACCAGCUCUGGAGACACUGCAAUUUCAUUAGAUGAUGGAACAAAUCAAGACUCAACACAAGAACAAAUUUUUGAAAAUAUUCGUUUACAUAAAGAAGUUAUACAAUCAGUAAAAUAUCAGCCAUGGAGUAUGAGAAGAAAAUUAAAAUUAGUAAGACAGGCUAAAACGUAUAUUGCUAGACACGAAGGAGCAUUACAAGAACGAUUUAAUAAGUCAAGAAGUACUAAAGAUUUAUGGGCGCGAUUUAAAAUUGUAAUGGCAGCGCGAUGGAAACAUUGGAAAAGAGAAAUGGCUAGCUUUUUUACAAUUUUAAUACCAUGGGAAUUAAGAAUAAAAGAAAUUGAAUCACAUUUUGGAUCUGGAGUUGCAUCUUAUUUUACAUUUUUACGUUGGCUUUUAUGGGUUAAUAUAAUGAUAGCUAUACCAUUACUAGCAUUUGUAAUUAUUCCAGAGAGUCUUGCAACUGAUAAUUCACUUGAAGAUAAUAGAAAACAAAUGACACCUGGUGAAGCAAAAAUUGCUGGAAAUAUUGUAACAAUUUGGGAAUUCGAAGGAUAUCUAAAAUAUUCACCUAUAUUUUAUGGUUAUUACUCAAAUUUUUCGGGAGCAAGUCGAUGGGGUUAUAAUUUACCAUUAGCAUAUUUUUUAACAUCAGUUGCCGUUUAUAUAUACAGUUUCGUAGCAACAUUAAGAAAAAUGGCUGAAAACUCUCGUCUCUCAAAAUUAUCUUCAAAAGAUGAUGAAUGCAUUUUCUCAUGGAAAUUAUUUACUGGAUGGGAUUUUAUGAUCGGUCAUGCGGAAACUGCCCAUAAUAGAAUUGCUUCCGUCGUUGUCGGAUUUAAAGAAGCACUUUUAGAAGAAGCUGAAAAGAAAAAGGAUAAACGGAAUUGGCGUAUUAUUUUGCAAAGGAUAUUGAUUAAUAUAUUGGUAACAGCUUUACUAGCCGCAUCCGGUUGGACUGUAUAUAUCGCAGUAGAUAGACAAGAAACUGCACUUCCUUAUGAUUCUUGGUUUCGUCGCAAUGAAGUUAAUAUCAUAAUGACAUUGUUAUCAUUCUUUCUUCCAAUGAUAUUUGAUGCUUUAGGUUUAUUUGAAAAUUGGCAUCCCAGGCAACAACUUAGAUUACAAUUGGCAAGAAUUAUGAUCCUCAAUUUAUUAAAUUUAUAUUCCCUAAUGUUUUCAUUUAUAUAUAAAAUAACAAAAAAAGAAGCAAAUCUACAACAUUUUAAAGAACUCUUUGCAAAUCUUUACAAACAACAACACGGAAUAAUAGCGACAACAUUUUUAUUAUUAAAUUUAACAACAACAAUGUUACCACAUAUUGUAACAACACCACUUAUUACCACAACAACAACAACAACUACUACUACUGAACCACCAACAACAACGACUACAACUAUUGAAACGACUACACCAACAACAACACCAACUACAACAACAGAACCGACAACUACAACAGAAAUGACAACUACAACAGUGCCUACAACUACAACAUUCAAGAGAAGAAAACGUCAACUUUUAAGUGAAUUCGGUUAUGAUUUUAAUAGCAGUGACAUAACUACAACUAGUGAAACAUCACCAUUAACUACAAUGUAUGAAACAAUCGAAAAUGAAACAUUGACGUCAACAUUAUUUCCCUUUGGAAUAAAUUUCACAGAUGCUUUAUUCCAAUUAUCAAAUCAAGAAAAUGAAAAUUCUACUGCAACAUCAACAACUAUAUCAAAUUCUAAUAAUAAUUCUCUUACAACAGAUGACAUUUACGAUUCAUUAACAUUUAAUGAACUUUUUGAUGUUGAAAAUAAUAAUAUUAAUUCAAGUACACUCUUUUAUACAACAUUAUCAAAUCUACAAAUUAGUGAUAAUACAACUUUUGCAACAUUUACCAAUAAAAUAAAAAAUGAUAGUAAAGAAUUUGAUGAUUAUGAUGAUAAUGAUGAAGAUGAUGAAACUACUUCAAGUACCAUAAAUGAUUUAUUAGAUAAUAAUACAACAUCAGCAACAACAACAACAGUAUCAGCGAAAACAACAAAAAUAACAACAAUAUUACCAGAUUAUGAUAAUAAAAAUGAAAUCUACACAAUUCACGAUGAUCAUAUAAUUAUGGAUUUUAGUGAUUAUUUAAAUUGUACUAUUAAAAUAAUUUGUAUACCAAUUGAUGAAUAUCAUCCAUUACCACCAAUUGAAACAAGAAAUGAUUCAAUACGAGUUGAUCGAAAAAAGAAAAAAUAUUUAAUUCCAGAUACUUUAGAAUUUUAUCAAUAUCAAUUGAAAAAUGUUACAAAAACUUUAUUAGUAAUUCGAAAAGAUUUAACAUCAAUGUGUUGGGAGACUUCUUUAGGUCAAGAAUUGGUUAAAGUUAUUGUUUUUGAUGCUCUUAUGUCAAUUGCUGCUCCAUUAUGUAUUGACUUUUUAAGAGCAUUAUUUGUUCGGUAUAUGAAUGAUCAUUGGUGUUGGGAUAUGGAAAAGACAUUCCCUCAGUAUGGUGAUUUUAAGAUUGCUGAAAGUAUUCUAAAUUUAGUAUAUAAUCAAGGACAAGUAUGGAUGGGAAUAUUUUUUUCGCCAGGACUUGUUAUCAUAAAUUUAGUUAAAUUAAUCAUAUUAAUGUAUUUAAGAUCAUGGAUUGUAUUAACUUGCAACGUACCGCAUGAAGUCGUAUUUAAAGCAUCAAAAUCUAAUAAUUUUUAUCUAACCCUAUUGUUAACAAUGUUAUUCCUUUGUGUAUUACCCGUUGGAUAUGCGAUUGUAUGGUUAAGACCAUCAUGGCAUUGUGGACCAUUUUCAGAUUAUAACAGAAUUUCAGAAUUUUUUACAAAUACAACACGAAAUGCAUUACCAGAUUCAUUUCAUAAACCACUGGAAUAUAUGACUUCUUCAAGUACUGUUAUACCACUUCUCCUACUCUUAAUUUUAAUAAUUUACUAUUUGGUGUCAUUAACUGGUGCUUUAAGAGAAGCAAAUCAAGAUUUAAGAACGCAAUUACAAAAAGAGAGAAUGGAAGAAAGAAAGAAAAUAUUUAAAGUUGAAGAUGAGAAACCAGCAGAAAAUACUGUUGCUUCAAUAACCGCACGCUGGCGUAAAGUAUUAGAUACAGCAGCUUCACCAGUAACCCCAACACCUACCCAACAGAAUCAAUCACAAGAUCCUGAAGAUGCUAAAAUACAAGCUAGAAAAGAUUUACUGUCCAGAAUUAUGAAAAAAGCUCUUAGAAAAAGUUCAAUUACAUCUGAAGAUGAAAGUUUACCACAUUAUAAUGAAGAUGAUGAAACAGAUAAUGAACAUCAUGAAAAUUUGCCACAUGAUGAAGAACAUAAGAAGCGUUCGAAAUCCAGAUUUCCUGGAAUUGGAGGUCGAAAAGCACGAAAACCUUCUAUUAUUGAUAUUGUUGCUCUAGCGAAAAAAGAAGCAUCAAAAGAAGAUCAUCCAAAAAAUCGUUUUAAAGUUAAUCGUAAUGUAGUAGAUGCACCAAUGGGAAAAACCGAACCUCCAAUCGAUGAAAAUGACCCUGAUGAUAAUUCAAGAAUUGUAUCAGAACGAAGAAAAAGUUUAUUAAAGCGGCAACAUAAGCUUGGUGAAGAUGAUGAAAAUGGUGGGGAUUCUAGCUUCGAAGUUGUAAACGAAAAAGGUAAAAAAACGGAACCAAACGUUUUCAAAUUUGACAGUAAAUCAGUUUCAUCGCAAGGAAAACCGGCAGCAAAAAAACCCCAGCAAAAUACAUUACUUCAAGCUAUAUUAGCUCAAGCUAGAGCACAAAAAGCUCUCGAACAACAGCAAGAGCAACAAUCAGAGCAUAAACAACCAGAAAAAUCACCUUUACCACAAAUGAAACAUGAUAAAUCUUCACAUGAAACACAUCAUCAACCGAAAGCUCCACCACCUACAAAGGCUCCAGCUAAAAAUCCUUUGUUACAAGCACUAUUGGCCAAAGCUCGCGAAGAAAAACGUCUUGAAGCUGAGCAACAACAAAAAGAGGAACAGGAAAAGCAAACUUUAGAACAAAAUCAACAGCAAGAAAAACCUCAUCAUAAAGAUGUUGUUGAUAAACCAAAACAAGACAAAUCAUCAAAUGCAUCAAAGCCUCAUCAUGCUAAACAUCACAGUGAAACAAAAACUCAACAACAGCCCACAAGUUCUGAACCUAAACAAGAAAAGCCCACUGCCAGUUCAACUGCUCCAGCACCCGUUGAAAAGCAUCACUCAACUGGUUUAGCUGCAAUGUCAAAAAGUGGACGUAAAAGAAUUGGUUCAUUUUUGGCCUUAGUUAAAGAAGCAGUUAACAAAAAAAGUGACGGUAGCGAUGAAAGUCAGUGUAAUACACCAGAAUCUCCAUCAGCUCCUCAAGCUCCAAGUGCUAAAGGUGUUAAUAUAAUACCAGAAAAAUCUAUUAAAUCUCCUUCCACUACUUCUGCAUCAAAACCUACAACUACUACACAACAGAAAUCAAUUUCUUCAUCCAAACAAAGUUUGGAGAGCACUUCAGUAGCUCCAACAAGUUCCACAAGUAAAGACAAAGGUACAAUUACAAAAAAAGAAAAACCAUUAUCCAAAACUGAUUCUGAGUCUUCAACAUUACCAAAACGACAAGAUUCUCAAACAUCGAUACCAGUUAUUACAAUUAGUAAAACUGGUAGUGAUGAAUGCAUUUUAGAAUGCAGUGAUAAGGAUCCCGUUAUUAAAUAA